AUCCGCCCUGGCUCACAAAAUCACACCCAAAAUUGUUACACUCUUUCCCCCUUUUCUCUCUUCCCUCUGACAUUACUUCACAAAUCAAACUUUCCAAUUCACAGCACCCAACCCAACAAAGAUCGAACAACACUUGGAGAAAAAUCUGUAAAUUCUGACGCCUCCCAUUCAUGGAUUUAUCGGAGCAAGAGGUAGACUUGUUCGGUGAUUUAGAAUUCGAAAACGAAGAUACCCAUAAAAAGGAAGAAGAUAGCCAACAAUCCUCGUCGUCUUCUUCAUCAUCGUCAUCUGGAGGGUCAUCUUCCUCAUAUUCAUCUUCCAAUCGGAGCAGUAGCGGAGGAGCGGGAAGUGGCAGUGGUAGUGAUAGCAGCGGCGGUGGUUCUGUCAGCGGUGGCGCUGCUGGCGGCGAUGGUGGUGGUCGGGCUGUGGCUGGGGCUGAAGAAGUGGAGGAAGAGGAGGAUAAUGGUGAAGUGAAGUCAAGUUAUUAUAAUCAACAGUAUGGUUAUGAUGAUGAUUAUAAUGUUGUUGAAGAAGAUAAAGAUUUGUUUGGGUCUGACAAUGAAGAAUAUAUUAAAACCCAAAUUGCUAGCCCUUUUCCUGUUCCUGUUUUACCCCAACCCCCACCUCGUAACACAAACAACCCAAGCAGAGGUGGUUUUGGGCGUGGUGGUAGGUGGCAAAAUGACAGAGGAGGAGCUGGCAUCCUUCCUAGGCCUGGAGGCCCUGGACCUUUUGCACAGAGGCAAAAUUACGGAUAUGGGUCUAAGUUUUAUGCCCCUCGUAAUGAUGAACGCUUUGUUUCUGAACUCAAGUUUUCAAAGAGUGAAGAAACAUUAUCAAGGAAAGUCAUAGCAUUUCAAGAGCCCUCUGAACUUGGUUGCUAUAGCCGUGUGGAAAGUGGAGAAGUUUACUUUGAUGAUAGUAGUUUGAGGCUUUUCAAGAGACUUAUUACCGAAGAUGUAGGUGCUGAUUUAAACCAAGGUUUUGAUACUUUUAUCGAGAAGAAAGAUUUGGGAUCCCAGGGCUUUGGUGAUCUACUUGCUUGCAUUCGAAGCAAAAAUAUUCCCUUACAAAAUAUGCACUUUGUGACUUAUCGAAACAACCUCAACAAGAUAUUGGCAACUGCUUAUUUGAGGCAUGAGCCAUGGGAAAUGGGAGUUCAUAAAAGGAAAGGUGUUGUGUAUCUUGAUGUACAUAAAUUGCCUGAAAGGCCACAAAGUGAGCUCGAUCGUAGGAGGUGUUAUUGGGGAUAUUGUUUUGAGACACUUGCUACUGAAGAUCCAACAAGAGAUGAUGGAGAAGGGAUACAUGAUGUGAAUGCAAAUGUUGAAUAUUGUUCUGUGAUUAAAACCAAAUUAGGUGCACACAGGAUUUUAAUGGGUGCUGAAAUGGAUUGCUGUGAUUCAACUGAUGAAGGAAGGAGAUUCUAUGUGGAAUUGAAAACAAGUCGUGAGUUGGAUUACCACACUGAAGAAAGAUUUGAGAGGGAAAAGCUACUCAAGUUUUGGAUCCAGUCUUUUCUUGCUGGUGUCCCUUAUAUCGUCAUUGGAUAUAGGGAUGAUUCUGGUAGGCUUGUACGUACAGAGAGAUUAAGAACAAAAGAUAUAACACAUAGGGUCAAAAUGAAAAAUUAUUGGCAGGGAGGGGUAUGCUUAGCGUUUGCUGAUGAGGUUUUAUGCUGGCUUUAUGGCACUGUUAAAGAGAAUGAAGACUACAUAUUGCAAUUUGCUGCACCGUUUACCCGUUUGGAGCUUCUACAGGCACAAUCUUGCCCACAAGAAAUAACUGAUCAUGUUCAACAACUAUGAAUAUGAAACUCUUUCUUGAACAAAUCAUGAAAAAAGAUUUACCUAAAUUAAGUUUAAGACCAUAUUAUAUAUAGAUGGAAGAAUGCCCUGAGGCCAAAAAUGCCUCUUUUGAAAUCUGGGCAUGUUGAUUUUCAGCAGGAUAUAUUAUAUAUAUAAUAUAUUUGUAGGCAUAGCUCAACAGAUGAGGGAAAUUGGAUGUUUAAAUUUGAAUAUUUGAUAAUAACAUAUUAUUAUGUACUUGUAAUGAAUUGAAUGAUCUAACUUUUUAUUUUUUCUACUAGUAUUUGUUUUGUUGUGG